CUCCUCUCUCUUUCUCCAUCCCUCCCUCUCUCGGGGCCCGACACGAGAGAGAGAGAGAGGUAGCGCGCGGUCUAUCGACUCCUCGGACCUCGAGCAGGGAUAAAGCCGAGUGCGCGGCGCGCGAGGCACGUUGCGGAGGUGCCGCCGCGGACGUCGUGCUAUGUCAGUAUAAAUAUUGUUCUGUUGCCCGCGCGAACCGCAGCUUCUCUGCUCCAUUCUCUCUUUUUUCACUCUCUCUCUGUCUCUCUUGCGAGUCCGCAUCUUUCUCCUCCCUUGUCCCCUUUUUUCUUCUUUCAUCCCGUCUUUCCCUCCUCGAAUUCCUCAUUGUCUUCGCCGUGCUGGCCGCGCGCGCGGCUCAUCGAACGGCCUCGCCGUGUGCGCACUCUCGACGCAGCUCCCUCGUGUAACGUAAUCGCCGAAUUCGAGUGCGAUCGCAGUGAUAAUCCGCGGUUCGUCGAGUGAUUCCUCCUUUUCUCCCUCGCGAUAGAAUGGUCGGAGCAGUCGCCCCGUGUAAUCCCGUAGGACACGGAACAUCCGGUGAGCCGCGGUGACCGCGCCGCUCUAUCAUCUGUUUCCAAGAAAAGAGAGAGAGAGAGAGAGGGGGGAGAAAAAGACAGAGAGGGCGGGAACGAGAGGACUGGCCUCUACCUGCUGAGCGAGCGAGCCGAGACUGUGUGUAACGUGGUAUGGCUCGUCGUCGGUGGUUCCUCGCCGCCUUUAUUGCAGCGGAACCCGAAUGCGUGCGCGAACGCGAGCGUACCCCUCUCGCCUGAGACCGGCCUACCCGACCGCCGUAAGGCUGCGUUCACACGUGAAAUCGAUUUUCGCGCGGGGACCGUCUCCGUCCGGCCGUACCCGCGCCGCGGAGACGCAUCACCGCGGUUAAUGAACGGAACCAACGCCGGCCGAUCGUCCAAUCAGCUUUUAGCCAGGCUGGACGAGCGUAAUCGAAUGCAGCUGGGCUCAGCAUGCCCUCUAAGAAGCAGUACAACCUCGUACAUAAUGACGAGUACGACACGCGAAUACCGCUGCACAGCGAGGAGGCGUUCCACCGCGGAAUCGUGUUCCACGCCAAGUUCAUCGGCUCUAUGGAGGUUCCGCGACCGACUAGCCGAGUGGAGAUCGUGGCGGCGAUGCGAAGAAUCCGCUACGAGUUUAAGACCAAAGGGAUCAAGAAAAAGAAAGUGACGCUGGAAGUCUCGGUGGACGGGCUGAAAGUGACCCUACGGAAAAAGAAGAAGAAACAGCAGCAAUGGAUGGACGAGAAUAAAAUCUACCUGAUGCACCAUCCGAUUUACAGGAUAUUCUACGUCUCGCACGACAGCCACGAUUUAAAAAUAUUUAGUUACAUCGCCCGCGACGGGAGCAGCAACACUUUCAAGUGCAACGUCUUCAAAUCUAGCAAAAAGAGUCAAGCGAUGAGGGUAGUCCGAACGGUUGGGCAAGCCUUCGAGGUGUGCCAUAAGUUAAGCAUAAACAACACUACGGAGGAACGAGGAGAGAAGGACGGGGAGAACCAUGGUGAAAACUACGGUGAUGUUUACGAGGACCAAGACGAAAUUCCUAACGAGCAAUCUCAGCCUUCUCCGCCGCCGGUACACAAAGACAUAUCAUUGUUGGGGGAUACCGAGGACUCGGUUCCCGAGCAAACAUCCGUUACCUGUCUACUUCGAUCGCACGAUGGACCGGCGACGACAACCUCUACCUCACCGAUCAGACAGUCGCCGUCGGGCACGGUGACCUCCGAGUGCGGAGGUUUAUUGGUGGGAGGCGAAUUAACAGCCCUGAAACACGAAAUACAGCUCCUGCGUGAACGUUUGGAGCAGCAGAGUCAACAAACCAGAGCUGCCGUUGCCCAUGCGCGACUUCUUCAAGAUCAACUGGCGGCGGAAACGGCAGCGCGCGUCGAAGCGCAGGCGAGGACGCACCAACUUCUAGUGCAGAAUAAGGAAUUGCUAGAACAUAUAAGUGCGCUGGUGGGCCACCUGAGGGAACAGGAGCGUGUUUCCGGUGGUCACGUCACCUCGCAGUCGCAAAUCCCGACGCCCGCGUCCAUGCAACAGAACGCGGCGGUUUCCGACCUGUCGGGCCUCGGCCAGUGUCAACGGACCGGGGGCCAGAGCUCGCCGUGGGAGCUGGAUCCGCCGACCUUCCCGUACUGCACGUAUCCGCCGGAAUCGCUGUAUUCCGGUGGUCUCGGCGCCAUGGGAAUCCAGGGUAACAACACCGCCGCGGAUCAGUUGCAGUUCCAAACGCAACUGCUGGAAAGGCUGCACAACCUGAGCCCGUUUCAGCCCCAGAGAUCGCCCUACAAUACACCGUCGCCGUACGCGAUGGGCCCGAGUCUACUUCUACCUCCGUGCAGCGGGCCGACAGUCUCCCUUUCGCAACUUUUUCAGAAUUCAGCCCAGCUGUCCCCAAAUUCCAUGUCCCUGCGAGUCUCUCAACCGAACAGUUUCUCCUCGUCGCCCGUCAUGACCCACAAGCUCGAGAACUACGGGACAGACAUUUCGGACAACGCUUUCAUAAAGCCCUUGCCGUGCACCAACGACAGAAACGCGACUCAUCCGCCGACCGACGUCAAGGCCAGGCAGGAACGGUCGAAUCCGCAGGAUAUUUCCGAGAUACCGCCGAUAAUUCUGGACCCUCCACCGCAGGGUAGACGCACGAACAAUAUGGUGAAGAAAGCGAGUACGAAGCAGAGUUCGAUGGCUCACGGCGUGCAGGACAACAAGAGUAAUGUGCAGAGUCCGAAAGGUCUGGCGACCAUCUUGCGAUCCUCAGGUCCGCCACCCUCCCGCACGACGAGCGCUCGACUACCAUCGCGCAACGACCUGAUGAGCGAGAUGCAGCGAACGACCUGGGCCCGCCACACGACCAAAUGACGGGACGCUACUGUCCAGUACAAUAAUGCGAAUCUGCGUAACCUUCGGCUCUGACAAACGAAGCCGGCAAUUUCGUUAGAAUUCGAGGAAAACACAUGUCCAAUUGUACACAAUUAUAAGUCAUUACGAGGGAAGUUUCGCGUGGCUUAUAUAUAGAGAGUCUUUGAUUAAACGGAUGACAGGGUUUGCAUUUGUUCCUCGAUCACUCAAACUCUAAUCCCAAACACAUUUAGAGAUCUCUAAGGCAAAUAAUGUAUAAUUUUUCGUAAAACUGAACGGACUGUAGGAAAACUAUCGAGCGACUUGUCAAGUGAAAAUUCGUUGCCAAUAGAUAAGAAAUAAGAAUUUUGAGGAUAUCUUUUACAAAGGUUUACUAGAGCUCUAGAUCAAAGUAUCUCAGUGCAGAGUCAAUAAAUCGUCGUAGUAUAGCGAUGUUCCUAUGACGAACGUGAGAAUCGCGAUUUCGACAGAUUGUACAUUCGUUUGCAUCUUACGAGUAACGUCCGCGGAGUGUUUGUAAAGAUUGGAACGGUAGUCGCGUUCUGGCGAAUUAGUAGGUGUAUACCUCACGCACGUCUCGCUUGUCUGAAGAGACGGAUUGUAAUACGUAAUUCAUACAUUUAUUCGUAUCGCGACAUUUACAGUGUAUUCCCAUGUGUAUAAAAAGAGUCGCCAUUUAGCGGACGAACUUGUGCCAAAAGUACCAAUCGUCUUAAGAGAGUUUAUUUUCAGUAUAUUUUUAAGUAAUGUAAUAAUAAAGAUAAGCGUGAUCACAGAA